AGGGGAGGGCAGCGCAGGGGCGGAGGGAGGGGAGCCGCCGGCAGCGGAGGCGGAGGGACGGGGCGCACCCGCCCCAGCGGCCCCACAGCCACCCUGCGCCUCCCGGCCGGCGGCAGCUCCCCGCGCCGCCGCCCCGGCGCCCCGAGCCGGCCGCCGCCUCUCCCCUCCGGCAUGUUUUAAGCCCGGCCCUGCCCGCUCCCCUUCGGGCUUCCCCUCCCGCCGCCGCCGUCGGGUCCCGUCCCGUUCCCCCCUUUCGGUCCUUGCGCAUCCCCCCCCCCCCCCCCGAAGGGCCGGCGGCUGGGGGGGGGCGGGGGCGGUGGGCGCCCGGGGGGGGGGGCGAGGGCAGAAAAGCCCCGCUUGACGCCAUGGCGUCCAGCUAUGCCCACGCCAUGGAGAGGCAGGCCCUGCUGCCCGCCCGCCUCGACGGCCCCGCCGGCCUGGACAAUUUACAAGCCAAGAAGAACUUCUCCGUGAGUCACCUGCUGGACCUGGAGGAGGCGGGCGACAUGGUGGCCGCCCAGGCGGACGAGGGCGGCGGAGAGCCCGGCCGGAGCUUGUUGGAGUCCCCCGGGCUGACCAGCGGCAGCGACACCCCGCAGCAGGACAAUGAUCAGCUGAACUCAGAAGAGAAGAAGAAAAGAAAGCAGAGAAGGAACAGGACUACCUUCAACAGCAGCCAGCUCCAGGCAUUAGAGAGGGUCUUUGAGAGGACACACUACCCCGAUGCCUUUGUACGGGAAGACCUUGCACGCAGAGUCAACCUCACUGAAGCCAGAGUUCAGGUGUGGUUCCAGAACCGGAGAGCCAAGUUUCGCCGGAACGAGAGGGCGAUGCUGGCCAGCAAGAAUGCCUCUCUGCUUAAAUCCUACUCAGGGGACGUGACCGCCGUGGAGCAGCCCAUAGUACCUCGCCCAGCUCCGAGACCCACCGACUAUCUCUCCUGGGGUACCGCCUCGCCUUACAGCGCCAUGGCCACCUACUCCGCUACGUGUACCAAUGCCAGCCCAGCGCAGGGCAUGAAUAUGGCCAACAGUAUUGCCAACCUGAGACUGAAGGCAAAGGAAUAUAGUUUACAGAGGAAUCAAGUGCCCACAGUCAAUUAACGACUGGAGGCAGCUGCCUUGCAGAAGGAGAAAAUACAACAGCACCCGUCCUGCUUCGCAACUUGUUUGUGCUGAAAGAAAAAAAAAAAAUCCAAACAAAAAAAACACAAAAAAAAGAAAAAAAGAAGAAAAAAAGCCAACCUUAACCCAGAACUGAGCGUGGGGACCAAACUGGGAGCAAACUGAAACGCUCAUGAGUGACAAGGUUCCUCCUUCCUUUUGGGAUAAUGCCACCAUUUUUUUUUCUUGUUAUUGUCAGGUUUAUUGCUUCUGCUCAAUAUACUACGAGCUUCUUCAGUAAAGGACAGUCUCACCCUUGUUGGUUUCCAUUUUUGUAUGGGACUGCAAAAAGAAACCUCUGCUGAUCUCAGCCCGUGGACAUGUCCCACCCACCAUCACGCUGAGAUGCAAAGCUUGCUCCUCUUCCCCCCUGCCCCAGCUCACCCUAGAAGAAGAAGGUUUGGUCACCACUUUCUGUUGUAUCCACCUGACCCUUCAUCCCUCCAGUCCCUUGUGCCACAGAGGCAGCGCCAUUACCGUUAGUCUGGAGAAGCCCAACAGUGCAACAAGACGGGGUCAUCUUGUCUGGGUUGCCUGGACCAGUCUGAGACAUGAGGAGGACCUUCUUGGGCUUCGCAGCGCUUCAUGGCUUUCCUGAGUAUUCCCAGCACUGCUGUCUCAAAAAGCCAACAAAGAGAGAAAAGCCAACGUGGGUGUGUGAGCCGGGGAGGCGUAGUGGGGGGAUCGCUCUGUAGUGCCAAGAAUAGGACUGUUAGGACACUCCUUUCUAUGCCUUACAGUUUGCGCCACAGGGAAAGGUGUUGUCCAGAUGCAUUUGUUUUAUAUAUACUGUAUAUAUUUAUAUAUAUAAGAUAUACAUGCAAGCUUGGUUGGUGUUUUUUAUUAAACAAAAUAAAAUCCAUUGAAAAUGUUUGGGAUGUUUGUGCUGCAUCCAGGUUCCUGGAGCCGUGCAUUGGAAUUCCAGCCGCAGCCUCUCUCACCCUUGUCAGAGCUCUUCCCGGUAGCCUCGGGCAGCGCUCGAAAUGGCCAGCUCACGUCUUCCCAUGAGAAACCCCAAAGAAGUGGUGCUGGAGGGAGCCAUGCUUCUUUGCAGGUUUUCCCCAUGGGCAUUUGCAGCUUCAUAGGAUAAGCUGAGGAUCUCCUCUCCAGUCAGAUAGGUUCAUGUGGCUCUUGGGGACACGCAAGGACAUCCCCAUGGAAAGUCUCUGCCAGCCCCUCUGAGGACAGGUGAUGUCUCAGCAGGGAGGAUCCCACAUGAAGACCAUAUCUCCCCCCAGUUCCCAUACAUUGCCCAAUGACACUUGUCCCGUAGCCUUAACCACUCUCCUUUGCUCUCCCUAGCUGCUCUCCUUCCUCUGGGAUCUGGAGAGCUAAUUAGCACCUGAUCUCUCCAUGAAGAGUAGAGGAGAUGCAACCCAAAAGAGGUUUCUUCCAUGCAAGCAUCCUGAGGAAAUUAGGAUCUUUCAUGUUGCUGGUGAUGCCUGCCUCUUUCAGAUUUGGGGGGAGGAGGGCGCUUAUUUAUGGCAAAUAGUCCUUUGUGCAGGAGACCUGCCCAAACUGAGUGGGACUUUGCCAUGGAAUAGUCCCACUGAAGGUAGCAGAGCUACUCCAUGGUCCAGGCUGGACCAUAUGGGAAGGAGAAUGAAGCUCAAUCAUGAGGGAUACUUCUGGUAGAGUGGCUUAGGUCUCCAUCCUGGGGUUUGCUGCAGACAUGCUGGGCAUAUGUAGGUGUCUGACAGUGGGCUUUGAUAGUCUAAAACAGCAUGUUGCAGGAAAUGAGAAAUAAAUCUCUUUAAAGUGAAGGUGAAAAUUAAACUGGCAGAGGAUGAAUGGAAAUCCAGCCAAAGUAUUUGAGCUAACACUGGGAAAAAAGCCCCCAAUCCAAACUGGUGUAAGUUGUGCUCGUGAUUGUGUGUGUUGCUGCUGGAAUUUUUUUUCUCCCUGUAUGGAUAUUUUUGAGGAAAAAAAAAUAAUCUAACUGUGAUCAGGACAAAAAGCUAGAAGUCACAGAUUACGCUUGCAGACAGAACACCAGCAGGGGAAGUGAGGCUGGACAAGCACUGCAUUUUAAGAAAUCCAUAAUGUUCUGUUUGAUCCCCUGUUUUUGGCCUUUCCUUCUGUAGUCUGGAGAAGCUAAACGUCUCUAAACCAAAAUAUUUCUAUCAUGAGUAGUGUGGUUCCAGCUCCUAGAGCCAAGUGAUCUCAGCCUUCACUUAGAAACUCACUCUUGUUUCCUGUGCCUACACAAACGGAGAAACUAUUGAAGAACAUGUCCUGCACGAUCAGAAAGAAAAAGGACCCGGUCCAAUGUAACGUUACUCAAGAGGUUGAACCAGUUGUUGAGUGCCUUAGCCUGGCGUUCUCCCCUCUCCUUGCCUUGCUGCCCUCCUCCGCAAUCCACCAACACCCCCACAGUGACAGCAGCCUGAACGAACUCCCCUGUGGUGGCCUGAGGCUGCCCGAGUGUCCACCCUGGAGGUUUCAGCUGCUUCCCUCAGCAUCGUGGUGGCCUGUGGCUUUCCCCUAGUCUCUGCGCACAUUUUCUGCAGUAGAAGAAUCACCUUGAGCAACUUGCUUUGGUGUCUGUGUGUGGGCACCUAUUUCUGAAGUUAGCAAGGAGACAGAUCAGAGAGCAUGAAGCUCCUGGUACCCCAUUACCCAUCUGUGGACUGAGAUUACCAUCCCUACCACCACGCUGUGAUGUUUACAUGAAGGGGCUCACAUAAAUCCCUGUGCAAACCCUUGUUCACCCUCCUCACUUCAUUUGUGUGAGGAAUUGAAUUGACUUGCAUGGGGCUGCUCCUGCGGGAAGGUUGUGUGAGCUUUUGUACUUCCAGUUUUAGUUGGGUCUUGCCUUGGGUUGGGCUGCUUGGUUGGGGAUGCCAUCACAGCUGACUGGGCUGUUGUCAGUCCAGAUGAGACCUUUACAUCACCUUUGAGCUAGGCAACAUCAAGAUGUAAACCAGAGCAUCUGAGACAGUAUUGCUUCAUUUACAUGGAUUUGCUAAACAGUGCAGCUGGAUGAAUGGAUGGGUUUUGUUGUUUGUUUCUUAAUUGAUGAUGACCUCAGCCGACAGGCAGUUUCUAGUUGUCUAUCGAGCCAAAGCGAAAUUUUGUGAUCAUGUAUGUUUAAUCUGUAUUUUACUGAACCAUGUAAAUAUAUGUGCAAAUUAAGGGCCGUGUCCUGAAAGCACGGAGUUCUCCAGGCUUUUAGUAGACUUUUGGUUGCAGCUCUAGGAAGUUGCCAUGGUUACCCCGGUUAUCACUAAGUUUGGGUACCAUUCAGGGGAGAAGAUGGUCUUGAGGCACAUUCCUCUCGCCUGCUCUGUACGAGUGCUGUUUUCUCAGGCCCCCCCUUUCUUGACGCAGAAAUAGGUGGCUGAUUCCCUCUAAGUGGGAUUUUUGAGCAUGACAGGGAUGGAUGAUUGAUGAGGCUGGUGGAGCUUGACGCGUGAAGCCACAGGAAGGAUUCCCAGAUGGAAGUGUAUCCUGUAAAUUAUCUCUUGCUUUGUGAUGUAAAAUGUACAGUGUUUGUACUAGAAUAGAAAUUAUCAUUUUCAAUAAAAGGGGGGAAAGACUCCCCAAUCCUUUC